AUGUCAAAUCAACCACGGACACAACGAGAUAUCCCUACAACGCCCCAAGAGACGCCAUUCGGCCUGUUUCUGUGGGGUGGUAGGGAAAAGUUCGACAGACGGAAAGCAAUCCUGGAAGCAUUCCUCAACAAUCCAAUAUUCUCCAAGAAAACCGUGAAUACUCCGUCGCUAGCACGCAAAGAUGCAUGGACGCGGGCAGCUCUGCAGUCAAGAGAGCUCAUCAGGCUCAAAUUGAAACAUGACUGGCCGCACAGACAGCUCAUGGAAGCCAUCAGAUAUACCGACAACAUGCUGCCUGUACAGCCUCAAUUCAGAAUAUUCAUGUCGAAUAUAGAAAGGCAAAUGUCUGACGAACAGAAAGCGAUCUGGGUACCGAGAGCAGAGAGGUUCGAAAUCUUUGGUUCUUACUCACAGACCGAGUUGGGUCAUGGUUCCAACGUCAAGGGGAUCGAGACAACUUCGACGUUCGAUCCAGCCACUGACGAAUUCAUCAUCAACUCUCCAACAAUAAGCAGCACAAAGUACUGGAUCGGUGCCACCGGUAUAUGGGCAACUCAUUCCAUCGUGGUGGCGCGAUUAAUUAUAAAUGGCAAGGAGUAUGGAAACCACCUCUUUCUCACUCAGCUUAGGGACCUAAACACCCAGGAGCUCAUGCCGGGAGUCGAAAUAUACGAAUUGGGCCCGAAGGUGUUUCAGGGCAUGCUGGGCACUGAUAACGGUGCCUUGCGAUUCCAUAAUGUUCGGAUUCCAAGGACGCAAAUGCUUGCCAGGAAUGCUCAAGUGCUGCAAGACGGGACUUACGUUGCUCCCAAGAACACCAAGCAUUCAUAUGGGUCCAUGGUGACGGUUCGAGCCCUCAUGGCCGAGAUAACUGGUUGGGACUUGUUGAAAGCUGUGGCGGUUGCAUAUCAUUACACAACCUUCCGACGUCAGUUCGAUCGUGACCAGACCGGAGAAGAGAAACCUGUAUUCAGCUAUGCCAGCGUGCAAUAUAGGCUGUUGCCUUUGCUCGCGCAGGCAAGCGCGCUUGUAUUGGUAGGGCAGAAUAUCAAGCGAGCUUAUGACACGUACACGGAGCAGUACCUCAAAACUAACGACACUUCCGAGCUCGAGGAUUUGCAUUUGCAGACAGUGGGUGCAAAAGUCUAUUCGACAGAGAUCACCGGUCAUGGCAUUGAGACAUGCCGUAUUGCUUGCGGAGGGCACGGGUAUAAUGCCUUAUCUGGCUUCGGACGCAUGUACGCCAAUUCAAUCAACGCCGUGACAUACGAAGGGGACAAUUAUGUCGUUGCUCAACAGGUUCCAAGGGCAAUUGUGAAGCAUUUCAAGGCGAAGACAGAGUCGUCCUUGUUCAGCUUAUCGUACCUCUCUUUCCUGCGCCAAAAAGAGCCACCGAAGCCGAUCGACGUUCAUAAAGAAGAGGACUGGCUUCACAGAGACCUCCAACGCUUCGUCCUCGAACAGAGGCUGGUGGUCCUCGUACAGAACCACAUGGAUGAUACGAAUGCCGGCAAUGAUACCAGCUUUUCAACCCACGCUCUUACCAUGGCUCACGGUGAUUUCGUGUACUGGAAAGGUUUCUGGGAUGUCAUUGAUCGGAAUAGAAAUGCCGAGUUUCUACCGUCUCUCAUUGCUCUGGCACAAGUGUUUUCGUUAUCAAUCCUCCAGAAUGCUCAUCUGAUUCUCACGCCGCCCCUGUCGCUGACUCAACGACAACGAAAACUACUCGCCCAGGCGUAUCGGACUGCAAUCGGUGACCUAGCCGAAAACCAUGUAUCCAAGAUCAUUGAUGCGUAUGGUUUCACGGAGUACGAACUGGAUAGUGCGCUUGCUCGAGCUAACCAGACGCCCUACGAAGCAUUGCUCGAUGAAGCCAGGAAGAGCGAGAUGAACAACAUGCAACAUCUCUGGUCGAUGAUGGUUGAUACAAGACAGCUAUGGAGGACAGUCGAGGCAGAGAAGCGGAGAGAACAACAGGCGAAGCUGUAG